CCUCUGUCCUCCUCUUCCUACUGUAAACCACCUCGUCCCUAUCCGCGGCAACCGUUCACCGCGCCGCGAGGCCUGCUGAUCCGACCGACCUUCCACCGUCAUGGCUCCCCUGCGCCGCGCGUCUCGCCUCCUUCGAUCAGCCGUCUGCCGGCUGAGGUCUCCAGCGCCGGCUCGGGCCUUCUCCAGCGCCGCGGCGACCGAGACGGGUGCCGUGAUCGCCGCCGCUGCCGUGGCGGUGGCCAGCUCCGGGCUCGGGCUGUGGCUGAAACCGCCGUCGCUUGCCGACUCCGGCGAGGCGCCCGGCGACCAGAUCUCGGUCGCCUGUGCCGGCGCCACGGAGGCGCGGGAGGAGAAGGGGUGGUUCCUGUUCGCAGACUCAUUUCGUAGAAGGGUCUUCUUCAACUACGAGAAGAGGAUACGGCUUCUCAGUCCUCCUGAGAAGAUUUUUGAGUACUUUGCGUCUGUGAGGAAUCGAGAAGGGGAAGUUUACAUGUUGCCUGCUGACUUGAUGAGAGCAGUAGUCCCUGUUUUUCCUCCAUCAGAGUCCACGGUAGUUCGUGAAGGAAGAUUAAGGGGGGAGCGGAGCCCUGGAGAAUUGCACUGUGCUCCAUCAGAGUUCUUUAUGCAGUUCGACACAAAUAAUGAUGGCCUCAUCUCCUUUGCUGAGUACAUUUUUUUUGUGACAUUGCUCAGCAUUCAUGAGUCAAAUUUCACUGUGGCCUUCAAAAUGUUCGACAUUGACCACAGUGGGGUGAUAGACAGAGAAGAGUUUAAGAAAAUAAUGGCACUGAUGCGGUCCUUUAACAGACAAGGGUCGACUCAUAAGGAUGGUUUACGUAUUGGACUUAAAGUUGGCAAGCCUGUGGAAAAUGGUGGGGUGGUCGAGUACUUCUUUGGGAGUGAUGGGAAUGAACCUCUACACUUUGACAAGUUUUCUAAAAUUUUGAAGGAAUUGCAUGAUGAGAUUAUUCAACUGGAGUUCAGUCAUUAUGAUGUCAAAUCGUCUAAAACAAUACCAGCAAAGGAUUUUGCAUUGUCCAUGGUUGCUUCUGCUGACAUGAACCAUAUCAACAAGCUGCUUGAUAGAGUUGAUAGUUUGGUCAAGGAGCCAGAUCUGAAGGACAUACGCAUCACCUUUGAGGAGUUUAAGGCAUUUGCUGAUUUGCGACGAAGAUUGGAGCCACUGUCGAUGGCUAUCUUUGCUUACGGUAAAUUGAAUGGGUUAUUGACGAAGGAGGAUCUAAAACGUGCAGCGCAACAUGUUUGCGGGGUCGACUUAACAGAUAGAGUAGUAGACAUCAUUUUCCAUGUGUUCGACACAAAUCAGGAUGGGAACUUGAGCCCAGAAGAGUUCUUAAGAGCGUUACAAAGAAGAGAAACUGAUAUUCGUGAACCAACAAUACCAGGUCCAUUGGGGUUCUUGUCUUGCUGGUUCAGUGGUAGGAAGUGUUCUUCACUAAAACAUGUGGUUAUCUGAUUGAGCCCCUAUUUGAUCCUCACGGCGCAGAAGGUAAUCACCAAGCAGUGCAUUGCUGAUCGUUACAACGGACUUCACUGUAUGUCGUCUUGGUGGCCGAAGCUUGACUAGCAGUAACAGCUCUAAUUGUAAAUCGUGUCUUCUGUAGCCCUAGGACUGAGUGAUAUACAUCGUUAUUCUCACGUGUAAAUUAAACCCCAUAUGGCCAUAUGGCUUCAAUAUAUGAAACAUUGUCAUUU